GACAUAGACAAGGUGCUCGAAAUCGACGUCAAAGCCUCACAACAGCAAAUCCGCGAUGCGUACAAAAAAGCAGCCCUAAAACACCAUCCCGACCGUGUGCCGUCGGACUCACCUGAGCGCGCAAGCCGCACCAAGCGCUUCCAGCAGAUCAACGACGCAUACUACACUCUAUCUGACCCCACGCGGCGCCGCGACUACGACGCCACACGCACAUACAACAGCUUCACGGGCACGACGGCGACGCCCGACGCCGACUUUGACGAGGAGAUUCCGAAUAACGCUGACACGGCGGGCAAUGGCGGAGCAGCAGGAGGGGGAGGAGGAGGCUUCGCACAAGGCUUCCCAUGGUCCGCCUUUGGCUUUGGCAGCGCGCCAGCGGGCACGACUGAAGAAUCGCACAACCGCUUCUCGGAAGAGCAGUUUGGCGGCAUCUUCGAGGAGAUGCUGCGUGAAGAGGGCAUGGCCGACUCCGAGGCCCACCCCACAGGCAAGUUCUGGAGCUUGGUCGGCGGCUUGAGCGGCGGCGCCAUGGGCUUCAUUGUGGCGAAUUUCCCCGGUUUGGUGGCGGGCGCUGUGGCGGGCAAUCGGCUUGGUGCGGUGAGAGAUGCAAAGGGCAAGAGCGUGUACACUGUGUUCCAGGAGAUGCCGCAGGCGGAUAAGGCUAGGUUGCUGAGUAGUCUUGCGGCAAAGGUGUUUGCGAAUGUGGUGACUGCCUAA